CCCACACACUCUCUCUCUCUCUCUCUAACCUCCACCAAUGUCGUCGAAGGCAGAACCCACUCCCCCUCAUCGCUCAACACCCACAGUCCUCCUCCUUGCUUGUCUAGUAAUCCUCUCAACUCUCUGGUACCCCCUCCCUCAACCCAACAGGCCCACCUCUGUUUCUUAUGAUCACAGAGCAAUCACAAUCAAUGGGCAGCGAAAAAUCCUCAUCUCUGGCUCCAUUCACUACCCCAGGAGCACUCCUGAGAUGUGGCCUGAUCUCAUUCGAAAGGCUAAAGAUGGGGGCUUGGAUGUUAUAGAGACCUAUGUGUUCUGGAAUGGGCACGAGCCUUCCCCUGGCCAGUAUUACUUUGAGGAAAGAUAUGAUCUUGUUCGGUUUGUUAAGCUCGUGGAGGAGGCUGGGCUCUAUGUUCAUCUUAGAUUAGGCCCUUACAUUUGCGCUGAAUGGAAUUUUGGGGGGUUUCCUGUUUGGCUGAAGUAUGUACCGGGUAUCAGUUUCAGAACUGAUAAUGAGCCUUUCAAGGCUGAAAUGGAGAAAUUCAUAAAGAAGAUAGUUUCCAUGAUGAAGACAGAAGGGUUAUAUGCUUGGCAAGGUGGUCCCAUUAUCCUUUCGCAGAUUGAGAAUGAGUAUGGACCUGUGGAGCACUAUGGCGGCCCCGGUGACAAGGUGUAUGCAUCAUGGGCAGCAAAAUUGGCGCUUGCUCUUGAUGUUCGAGUUCCGUGGAUUAUGUGCAAGCAAGUUGAUGCCCCUGAUCCAAUUGUAUGUUUAUUCCCUUUCCACUCUUCAUGAAUUCAGUUUGUUUCUAUUGCAAUCUCGUGAACCAU